GUGAGUGAGCUUUGUGUGUGGUGUGUCGGUGCUGCUGGAAUAAGCGGGUUCAUCUACUGACGCUCUCACACAGCAGGACGACGGCGUUCGAGCGACCUGGAGGUGAAACAGGAUGUGAGGCCACAUGUUUACGUUCCCCUCUCGCCGUCCUGUGGUCCGGGUGUGAAUGAGGAGCUCCGCCCCUCUGCACCCAGCAGCCAAUCAGGAUGUUGGAGGUGAAGCACAUGAGCGCGCAGAAGAAGGAGGCGGCCGUGGGGACAGACGAAGUGUGUGUGAGCUCGACAGACCCGGUGUGUGUGUACGAGACCCAGGACUGGAUGGUUUCUCCAGCAUGUUCUCCCGAUGAACCCGGCUCCAUCUCAUCGCUGCUGGCCGAGGAGACCUUCCGCUACAUGACUCUCUUCUCUCUGGAAUCCUCCUCCUCCUCCAAAGUUCUCUCUUCUGACCGGGUGGAGCAGAUGAGCAGGACCUACAAUGACGUUGACGUGGUCACUCACCUGCUGGCUGAGAGGGAUCGGGAUCUGGAGUUGGCCGCUCGGAUUGGUCAGUCGCUCCUCCAGAGGAACCAGGUUCUUCAGGAACGUAACGAAUCACUGGAGGAGCAGCUCACGCAAACGCUGGACCAGGUCCAUCAGCUGCAGCACCAGCUGGUGAAGAAGGACGAGCUGUUGCGCGUGGUGUCCAGCGUGAGCGAGGAGAGCGAGACCGAGUCGGGCGUGUCCACGCCGCUGCAGCGCCCCCCGUCUGCAGGGGUUCAUGCUCUGCUCCACACGCUCACGCUCGGCCAGCUGGAGGCGCUACAGAGCAAACUGCAGGAGCUGGAGGAGGAGAACCACAAGCUGCGCCUGGAGGCCGGUCAGCUGAAGAGCGACACCAUCACGUACGAGGAGAAAGAACAGCAGCUGGUCAGCGACUGUGUUAAAGAACUCCGUGAGUCGAACAGUCACAUGCUGAGCCUGAGUGAGGAACUCUCUCAGAAGAACGAGGCACUGGUGAAGCAGCAGGAGGAAAUCGCUCAGCUCCUCUCUCAGAUCGUUCAGCUCCAGAAGAGACUCAAACAGGCGGUGCUGGAGAAAGAAGAGCUGAGGAUUCACCUUCAAGCCUCUAAGGAAGCCCAAAGACACCUAACUGCUGAGCUGAACGAGUUAGCAGACAGGAACAUGGAGUGUGUGGGGAUGCUACACGAGUCUCAGGAGGAGCUGAAGGAGCUGCGCAGUAAACACACUCCGUCUGCAGGUCUGCACCGGCACCUCCAGCACGGCCUCUAUCCACUGGACUCUCUGGCGGCGGAGAUCGAGGGAACCAUGAGGAGGGAGCUGAGUGUAGAGGAGGAGAUCACAUUCCAGGAACAGAGUUCGAGCCACAAGAGUGUGUUCCGGACGGUGCGCUCAGCGAACGAGGUGCUGGUGCGAGUGGCGCCCCCUAUCCCAGGAUCAGGUGACUGCAGCGUGGUGAUGACAUCACAGCCCUUCCACUCAUCCACACCAGAGGAGGGGGCACAGCACGAAUCAGACAGCGCUGCUCGUGUGGGUCGCCCCGGCUCGCCCGGAGGAAGUGACCUCGCCUCCGCGCUGCGCCGCCUCACCCUGAGGAGGCAGAACGUCCUGAGUGAGCGCCACUUCCUCCAGGCCGAGAGGAACAGGAAGCUGCAGGAGCUCGUCGACGGGGCGGGGUCGGAGGGGGGCGGGAGCGGCUGCAGCUCGCCCAUGGGAAGCGUCCGCUCCUCUUCCACCAACCUGUCGGAGCUCUCCGCUUCCUCCUCCUGCUUCAGGACCUUCCUGCCCGAAAAGCUGCAGAUCGUCAAACCCAUGGAGGGCUCUUUGACCCUGCACCACUGGCAGCAGCUGGCUAAGCCUCACCUAGCCUCCAUCCUGGACCUGCACCCAGGUAUCGUCACCAAGGGGUUCAGGCCCCUCCCACAGGACUCCGUGUACCACCUAAGUGACCUGGAGGAGGACGAGGACAAAGACCAAACGCUGUGGGCGGAGAGGAAGGUCAGUGAGGAUGAUGAGGAUGAAGGGAUCACCUUUAAGGUGCACUCGUCCUCCACCCCUGCGGCAGUGAAAGACAGGAGCGCCUACACCCCGUUCAAAGUCCUGCCCCAUCUAUCACCUAUCCCAUCAUCCACUGUCACCGUGGUAACGUCAGCAGCAGGAACGACUACGGCUCCGGUGUCCCAACCCGGCCUGACUGUUAGUACCACAGCGCCCUCUGUUGCACUGAAUCCUGGGAAGUGUCAGAGCUCCACCUUCUCCACCUACACCUUCACCACCUGCCGAAUCCUGCACCCCAGUGAUGUCACACAGGUCACGCCCAGUGGUGCAUCCACCCCCUCGGGGGGUAUCUUCACCCCCAGCUCUCUGCGCUCUGUUCCCUCCACCCCAGUUACCCCAUGCAGGCUGAGCGUGGGGGAGUCGUUUUCACCCCGGCGGACCACAGCGCCCCCCGCCGGCCUGGCCAAACUCCUGCUAGAGAAGGGAAUCUCGGCACAGAAGGUCCCGCCCCCCUCCAAACCACCCCGGUCCCUGCUCCCACCCACCAGUACCCCUCCUAAUUCCCCCUGCCCCUCUCCAGACCCUUUUGUCUCGAGCUCCGCCCCUUCGGACAACUUUCUGGCGUCGAGGCCGGCCGAGCUCUUCCUGCAGGACGUGUACGGCGUGAAACCGGACCUGAUGGAGCGCCUGCGGAAGCUCGGACUGGAUAAAACCGCCGUCCGGGGGGGCCGCCAGUCUGCCGCCGCUCAGCCGCCGCCCACUCUCCUGCCCACCGGCGGAGGAAGCCUAUUGGUCGGUCUGAGGCGGAACCAGAGCCUGCCCGCCAUGGUCGGUAAACGCAGCCCGUCCCAAUCUGCCCCGCCACCUCACCCCACCUCCCUCGCCCUACCUAUCCCGCCUUGGGCCGACUUGAAGCCACGACCUACUCGCAGGCACGCCUCCCUAUCUCAGGCUCCGCCCCCUUCAUUUAACUACUAGAAGAUUCGAAAGCGAAUUUACCGAUUGGUUGACAUCAUGUUAGGUGGGCGUGGCCAGACAGAACAAUAGACUAACGAAGGUGUGAAAAUGUACGUGCCUCAACUUACCGCUCGAUUUUAAAAGCACAAACGUGCUAAGUGCAUUUAGCAUGGUGUACAUAACGUGAACGUGGUGAACGUAGCUUCAUAGUACGUAGUGCAUUCGCGGAAUGACAAGCGUCUCGGGGGCAACAAGGGUGGAGCCUAGAUCAAUUUUGAUUAACUAGCCCCUGGUUAAAUGCAGGUAAAUAGUUAGCCUAACGGUAGCUAGCUAUCAGACUUGGCUUCAAGGUUUUUAAAAUGUAACCGCUACGCUACCACCUACUUUGCUAAUGCUGCAAAUGCUAACGAUAUAUCGUGUACCUUGUGCCAUUGCUGUGUGGUAAAUGUGGGUGGAUUUUACAUUUAAAUUGUUUAGCUAACAGUGAACCAGCUUUACUUGAGCGUCGCAGCCCAGCCAACUAAACAUCGUACGUUGAGCUGAAGAAACAAGCUAGCAGAGAGAGAGAACAUUUGAUUGGCUGACAAUGACAGAAAACAGAAUCUGGACUCCCUGAUAUUUUUCGCAUUCUUACUUUUAAUUACGAUAUUUCUCCCACAAGUCCUUUGGUGGUUGACCGCCGGAGGUCCUUGUGCGCGGUCGUUGUGUUUUGAGGCUCUGCAGGCUACAGGCGGACUGAACCCAGAUGGUGUUGAUUACGAGUAGUGCAUGUAGGGUGACGUGUUUAAAGGUCUUGUGAAAGUCUGAGUGAAAUUAACGGCGUCUUUAUGCACGUUCGUUAAAACGUGGAGCGGUUUCGUUGUCGUGGACGUCGCUGCUACGUCCGUUAGCGUGUUAUAAAGAGGACGAGGUGAAGGUGGAUCAUGUAGGUGAAGGGAAGCGGAUGAGAAAGUGAUGAACAGUGCGAGUAUGGGACAAAAUGGAAGGAUGAGCCUGCAGAGCCUCAAGGAAGCGGUUGCUAGCUUGCUAGAUUUUGCGUUAAAUAGCUUCAAUGCUAACGUCGAAAUACCAAGGGUUAAACCGGCUUCAAGCAGACUUAAUAAUAUACAUAGCUAGCCAUUAAACAUAGCUUAACAGGCUAACACAGAUCAGCUAGAUAGACAGGACAGAUAAACCUCAUUUAAUAGUUUCCAAUAGCUUUGCUAAUACCGAUAACGUAUUAUAUUGUGUGAUUAAUACCAGUAUUUACUGCUAAGCGCUAGUGUACUUGGGAAAAAGGGAAAAGAAAAGCUAUAGAAGCUGUACGUUCAGGUUUGUGCUUAACGUUUAUCUGCAGUCAGUUCAUGUGAAACGUGAGCAAGCAUGUGAGCAAAUUCUUAGCGAUUUAGCCACGACGUAGCACCCUGUAACUUAAAUUUAAAGCUUAACAUUUGCAAGCUUGUUUAGAAACUUGACUAGCUAGCUUUUAACAACAGCUACAUAAUGAUCUUUCAAAUAUUAGCUAGUGUGCUAGCAAGCUUUUGUUCCUGAUUUUGAUUAGACAAUAAAAUAAACAUUAAUUAGCUAGCUAAAACUCAACUACACGAUAGUAUUAGCUCUAGCUAGCCUGCUAACAGAUAUCUAGAUUCAGACUCAUACUAUAAUUUAACGUUUUGGAAUUAAUUUAAGGUCAUAAUGUCAGUUCUGCAUGUACACAAAGCUAGCAGGUUGCUAACCACAAAGUGUAGAUAAACGUUAAAACGGUAAAAAAAAAAUUAAGUGUCUGAUCCCGCAUUCUGAAUCACUGAAUCGAUUCAGUGAAUCAACUGCAACUCAGCGUUGCUGAACCGUCUUAUACUGAUUCCCGACUCGUUGAGUCACUGAAUCGACUCAGUGAAUCAACUUCAACACAGCGUUAAAAAAUGAAGCAUCUGAUCCAGCAUCCUGACUGACUAAAUUACUGAAUCGAUUCAGUGAACCAACCUCAACACCGCGUUAAAAACAGAGCGUCUGAUCCAGAUUCCCAACUCGCCGAGUCAUGAAUCGACUCAGUAAAAUCAACCGAACCGAACUUUUUAUGCAUUUUACUUUUAUUGUCAGUAAGAGACUUUAGUGUUUCCUUCUUUAUGGGUACAUUACUGUGGUAAAAAGACUCCCACCCUGCUACUGGUUGAUGAUUUAGCCUCGUAAGAUGAAUUUUACCGUGUUAAACUUGACGUUUUCUCGUUUCAUGGCUUAAAACCUUCCCACGAAUCCUCUCUCCUUUGAUUUAAUAUAAACUGACCAGGGUUAGGUGACUACAACUCCCAGUAUGCACUUCUGUCACCUGUAUGCGUCCUCAUGAUAAACUGUAUGAUCAAAAGUGUUUGGACACCUCACCCUAAGCUUGUCGGACAAAUGUGAUCUUAGCAGCUAGAACAACAGCCUCUUCUUCUCUCUUCUGAGAGGCUUUGUAUGGGAAUUUGUGUGCAUGUAGUCAAAAGAGCAUUGGUAAGGUUCCGGUUCAUCCCAGAGCUGUUGAGUGGAGCUGAACUCAUGUCUUUAUAGAGCUUGCUUAUGCUGGAACAGGAAAGGACCUUCCCUAAACUGUUUCUGAUUUCCUUAAUAUCAUUGAUUUCUAACAUCUGUUAGCAACGCUUGUAGCUGAAAAACAUGAAUUCAGUCAUUAGAAUGGGCGUCCCAAUACUUUUGUCCAUAUAGUGGCCGCAGGACUAUAGCAUCGAAAAAACGUGAGCACAGUUUGAUUAAAAAUCUUGCACAAAAUAAAUUCUAAUACAUGAUAACAACAAUUUUUUAGGGGUGUUGAGGUUUAAAAUGUGGAUUUUUUUGUUUAUUUGCACUGUGGGAGCCAAAGUGUUAAACAAUAAUAAUACUGAAAAAAUAACUGACGGUCACAUUAAUGUUGAUGUUCAGCAGCUUUAUUCUUUCUAGUCGUUGAUGAACGUCAGACGGAUCAUAUAUUACUGCUCAUAUUUUAUUCAGGGAUAAUUUAUUGCUCUGCUAUUUAAGAACACGUGACGGUGGAAUACGGGACAGGAAGUACUUUUUAUUUUACGUUCAGGGAGCAGAAUGAGGAAACACGUUCAUGUUGUAUUUAUUUAGGUGUUUAACCUGGACAGAAUGUGUUUGUGCUUCUCAGACGUUUUUGAGGACUCUUGAGUUUCAGAUAUCGGGUUUGUGUUAUAGAAGUCAUGUAUAUACAUAUAUAAUCCUGGAUGUACGUCCUUAAUGAAGUAUACAGUCGGGUUUAAAAGUCUGAGCGCACAAUAAUCCUCCAGGAACUCUGGAACACCAUUUAAUUCAAAAGAUGUUCUCCUGACUGAGAUCAGUGAUGGUGGUGGAGACAUGAUCUACCAGGUCCGUCCAGAACCUCCUGUUGGUGUUUAACUGGACUGAGAUAUGAUGGGUGUGAGGGCCAGUCCUUAAAGACCUCACGCUCCAUGGGAAACAACUGGACCCAAACUCUAGGGAUCGAGCUUUAACACAUGUACUGUUCUCUUAGUGUACUCUAGAAAAUGAUGAAGGAUAUUGAUAGAUUCUGCACAAGUGAAACAAUGCUCCUGCCACGUGUCCCUACAGUAAACCCUCAUUCACCCGCCAGAGAUGGAAAGUAAUGCCGUACUAUCCCUGAAUCAGAGUUUUCAGCAGUGAGGGACCCGAUAGACCUCCCUCCCUCCCUCAGUCAAGGCAAAUGGUCCCCAAUUGGGCGCCCAACCAAGUAGACCAAAACGAGAGUGUUUGGUGCCCCCUAGUGCCUAAAAAUGUGAUUGAUUUAUGAAUAAGUCGCUCAGACUUUUGGAGCCGAUUCCAUGGAACCCGGUCGUAUUUAUGCACAUUAUAUCCAGCCGAUAUAUAUAUACACCGAUCAGCCAUAACAUUAAAACCACCUCC